UUUGCUUCCUGUUUCCUCCGAGAAAAAAAAAAAGCCAGAGCUGCACCACUUGUAUCUGAUCUCUCCGCGACUCUGAUACGGUGCCAUGUUCUGCUCCCUGCCCACUUGUGAAAAGUCGCACGAGAAAUGGCAUCACCGAGAGUUUUGCUGGAGUGGUGCCGCGUCACAUGCGCCACUUAUCCCGACGUGGAAAUAACUAACAUGUCAACCUCAUUCACAGAUGGACUUGCGUUCUGUGCUAUCAUCCACAAACACCGCCCUGACCUCAUAGACUUCAGGUCCCUCUCCAAAGAUAAUGCUUAUGAAAAUAAUAAGCUGGCGUUUGAGAUAGCAGAAACAAAGCUGGGCAUCCCUGCCUUCCUGCAUCCGAAGGAUAUGAUUUCCACCAAGGCGCCCGAUCGUUUAAGCGUCAUCUCCUACCUUGCUCAGUACUACUGCUUCUUCAAUGGGAAGUCUUCGGCAGGUCCUGCCAAAUUGUGGUCAUCGCACGGCACUUCCUCACACAGCCUCUCGAAGAGCAAAACUUACCAUCAUCCAAAGAGCAUUAAGAGCUUGACUGACAGCAAAACCAGUCGAGAGGAAAAUGUUUCUGAUGCGAGGCCGCAGACUGUGUGCAGUUUGUGUUUGAAGCCCGUGCACCUGAUACAGAGGCAUUUGAUAGAUGGAAAAGUUUACCACCGCAGCUGUUUCAGGUGCAAAGUGUGCCACGCAACUCUUUUAGCACAGUCUUACACGCAGGGAAGUGACGCUGGCUCCUUGAUCUGCGCUUACCAUGCGACAAACAGUAAAGGUACUCAUGUCGACGUCAGCAGGCAAACUGGAUCUCAAAGUAAACUUCAGACAGUUUGUUAUUCUCUGGGUGGACAGCCUAUCACCAGCGUCCCUAAUUACACAAAGAAAACAGAGUCACAGGACACACUGAGUUGCAAGACAGCAGAAACGGGCGGGACAGAAAGGAAGGAGGAGAACAGAGAGGUCAAAAACAGAGAAAAUCACUGUGUACAAGUGAUAGAUGGAAGGACUUGUCCUGUUCCAGCACCAAGGCGGAUUUCUGUAGGCCCUGUUCCUGCAGCCAGGAUCAGAAGUUCACAGACUGUAAAUAGCUCCCCUGCUGCAGGUAGUUUAUCCAGUCAAAGCAAAUGUGCAGCCAGUCCGCCUCAAGGCACCAGCCCAGUCAGCGCUAGAUCUAAAAUGAAAAGCAGCCAUCCAUGGAUGGCCCUCGUGCAUCCGGGACCUUGGACACAGCUGCCUCCAGCUCCACCUCCACUUCCCACUUUUCGAUCCAAAUCUGCUUCUAACUUAGAUGGGUCGUCCAAAAGACCCAAAGUUCCUGCUCCAAAUCCUUUUGAAGAUGUGCUGGAGGAGGACUCUCAAAGCGAGGCUGCUAAAUCUGAGUCUGAAGACCAAAAUAAGCCUUUUCUGGGAGCUACCCAAUCAGAGGGCAGCACCUUGGGAUCGCAGGAGGCUGAAGAAAAAAAAGCUCUCCCACAGAAGAGCCCGGAUCUCAGAGGGCGUGUUGACGUCGCAGAACCUGACCAAGUAAAAGAAUUGACUGCAGAUACUAACACAGAGAGACCUUGUGGUGAAAGAGGUGGAGAUGGUGGUCAGAUUGCUCCGUCAGAUGUGACAGAAGCAGCAGGUCCGUGUCCCAUUCCUGCAUCAAGACAGAGUCGCAUUUUACCCAGAAGUCUUUCUGUGCCAGCCAUUGCGUCUGACCCUCGUUCUGCACCUGUCGGUGAAACACAGACGGAUGAAGCUGCCACAUCGUGCACCAGCCCAGUCAGCGCUAGAUCUAAAAUGAAAAGCAGCCAUCCAUGGAUGGCCCUCGUGCAUCCGGGACCUUGGACACAGCUGCCUCCAGCUCCACCUCCACUUCCCACUUUUCGAUCCAAAUCUGCUUCUAACUUAGAUGGGUCGUCCAAAAGACCCAAAGUUCCUGCUCCAAAUCCUUUUGAAGAUGUGCUGGAGGAGGACUCUCAAAGCGAGGCUGCUAAAUCUGAGUCUGAAGACCAAAAUAAGCCUUUUCUGGGAGCUACCCAAUCAGAGGGCAGCACCUUGGGAUCGCAGGAGGCUGAAGAAAAAAAAGCUCUCCCACAGAAGAGCCCGGAUCUCAGAGGGCGUGUUGACGUCGCAGAACCUGACCAAGUAAAAGAAUUGACUGCAGAUACUAACACAGAGAGACCUUGUGGUGAAAGAGGUGGAGAUGGUGGUCAGAUUGCUCCGUCAGAUGUGACAGAAGCAGCAGGUCCGUGUCCCAUUCCUGCAUCAAGACAGAGUCGCAUUUUACCCAGAAGUCUUUCUGUGCCAGCCAUUGCGUCUGACCCUCGUUCUGCACCUGUCGGUGAAACACAGACGGAUGAAGCUGCCACAUCGUGGCAAAGUAAGCCUUCCUGUGAAAAAGAUCCUAAGGCUCAAAGACCCACAUUAUCCAAAUCAAAUACCGUUCAGGACCUCUCGCCUUGUCGGGGCCCCGCACCCGGCCAUGGAUUCCCACUCAUCAAGAGAAAGGUGCAGACAGAUCAGUGCGCUUCCCCAGAAGAGCUGCAGGUGCAGAUGAGAGAAGUGGAUCAACAUCUGGAGACACUGGAGGGAAAAGGAGUGGAACUGGAGAGGAACCUGAGAGGCUGCAAAAAUGAUAAACAGGAGGAACAAAUGCUAAUGGAGUGGUUCUGUCUUAUCCACGAGCGGCAUGUUCUGAUGUGCCACGACACAGAGCUGGUUUAUCUGACAAAGCAGAAAAAGCUGGAGGACAGGCAGACCGACGUGGAGUACGACCUCCGGUGUCUCUUUAAUAAACCUGACAAGAACUGGAAUCAGGAGGAUCGAGAUAAAGAGAAGAAGCUGAUGGAUGAGCUGGUCACCAUCAUUGAACAGAGGAACCACAUCAUCAGCUGCCUAGAUCAGGACAGACAGAGGGAGAGAGAAAAUAACGUGCUUUGGGAAGAUGUAAUGAACAAAGACUUCCAGAAAGAAGGAUUAAAAGAGCUAAGGCAGCCCAAAAAAGAUUUCAAGCCUACAAAAGUACUAAAAAUCCUGAACCACAAAGAAGAAAGCACGAAGAACUCUGUGGACAAAAAGAGUUGAAGACGUGUCAGAAGCUCUCAUUGUUCAUGUGUGAACAGUAUGAAAUAUGCACUUAUUAAGUACAUGCUUACUAAUUAUGUGUUAAAGCCCAGCUCAGUAACAUCACCAAACAAAAUGUAUUGUUCUCA